AUGUCUGCUGUCCAUCGAAGCCUCCGGACCGCCGCCUCGAGAUCGCUGCGUCUACGAACACCUGCUCCUCUGGCCGUGUCGGCGCGGGCAGUCCAAGUCCAGUUAUCGGUGGCUCCCACCACCACCAACGCCGCCCUCCGUCGCAACGCCUUCUCCACCACUGCUGCCAGAGGCUCUGCACCAGCCAUGCCGCAACAAGGGAGAGGAUACGAUCCCGAGAUCACCGACAUUGCCGCCUAUGUCACCAAGCCAAUUGACUCGGAAUUGGCUUUCGACACGGCGCGAUGGGUCUUCCUUGACACUCUGGGCUGCGGUCUCGAGGGCCUACGGUUUAAGGAGUGCGCGAAGCUGAUGGGGCCCAUCGUCCCGGGCACCGUCGUUCCCAACGGCACCAAGGUCCCCGGCACCGACUUCGUCCUCGAUCCCGUCAAUGGCGCCUUCAACAUCGGCGCCAUGAUCCGCUGGCUCGACUACAACGACUGCUGGCUGGCCGCCGAAUGGGGCCACCCUUCGGACAACCUGGGUGCUAUCCUUGCCGUGGCCGACUGGGCCAACCGGACCAACAAGGCCGGCGGCAACCUUGCUGGGGGUAACAUCUUCACCGUCAGGGAUGUCCUCGAGGCUAUGAUCAAGGCGCAUGAGGUCCAGGGCUGCCUGGCCCUGCUCAACUCGUAUAACAAGGUCGGACUGGACCACGUCGUGCUGGUCAAGGUGGCCAGCGCUGCCGUCGUCUCCCAUAUGCUGGGCCUGAGCGAGACCCAGAUCGCCGAUGCCGUCACCCAGGCUUGGGUCGACGGCCAGAGCCUGCGCACCUACCGCCACUCGCCCAAUACCAUGUCCCGAAAAUCCUGGGCUGCCGGUGACGCCUGCCAGAGAGCCGUCAGCCUGGUUCUGAAGGUUAUGAAGGGCGAGCCCGGUGUGCCUACGGUGCUGUCGGCGCCCGUGUGGGGUUUCUACGACGUCCUGUUCAAGGGCAACGAGUUCCAGUUCCAACGUCCCUACGGAAGCUACGUAAUGGAGAACGUCCUCUUCAAGGUUUCCUACCCAGCCGAGUUCCACUCGCAGACUGCCGUCGAGGCGUCGUCCAAGAUCCACAAGCAGUUGAAGGAGAUGGGCAAGUCGGCGGAAGACAUCAAGGGCGUCACGUGCAGAACACAUGAGGCCUGCGUGCGCAUCAUCGACAAGCAGUUCAAGCCCAUGGACAACUUUGCCGACCGCGACCACUGCAUCCAGUACAUGUGCUCGGUGAUGCUCGUGUUCGGGCGGCUGGAGGCUACCGACUACACGGAUGGAGGCGAGGCGGCGACGUCUCCUCUGGUCGAGUCGCUCCGGCAGAAGAUCAAGUGUGUGGAGGACCCGCAGUACACCCGGGACUAUCACGACCCCGAGCUCCGGACCAUCUCCAACGCGUUGACGGUGGAGCUGAACGACGGUACCGUUCUCGAGGAGGUUGUGGUCGAGGCUCCCCUGGGCCACCGACUGCGGAGAGAAGAGGCCAAGCCCCACAUACUGGCCAAGUACAAGAGACAUCUCGACCAUCACUUCCCAGAGGCCCACGUCAAGGAGCUGGUGGAGCUGGGCAUGGAUCCCAAGAGGCUCGAGGCCAUGACGGUGGACGAGUACGUCGACAAGUAUGUGGUCAAGGACAGCCAAUUUGUCUAA